GCGUACCUGGCGCUGGCAUAACCUGCUGGUCUCCUUCACCCACUCCAUUGUGUCAGGGAUAUGGGCGCUGCUGUGGUAAGUGAGCGACUAGGGGCGAGAGGUGGCCCGGGGAUCCCGUGCGGGCGCCGGGACGGGCUUCCGUGUUACUAUUUCCAUCACUCACCAGUGGGCCGAGGCUGCGAAUCUCACCUGAUUCCCUGUUUGGGAGACUACCCAACCAGGGGCGGCUCAGGGAAACUCGAGGCACUGGGGCUUCGGCCAAGCCCCUCCUCGCUCCCAUGCCAGCCAAUAGCGCGAGCCUGGACUGUCCCGGGACUGGCGGGGGGCCGGGGGACCCGAGGGUCUCUUCGGGUGCCGACUGUGCCGAGGGCCUCCCUCCUUCCUCCUCUCCCAGUUUAUGGCAGAGCCCCGAGAUGCUGGUGGAGAUUGAGACAGCGUGGUCACUCUCUGGCUAUUUGCUCGUUUGCUUCUCUGCAGGGUAUUUCAUUCACGACACGGUGGACAUCGUGAUCAGUCAUCAGGCCAGAGCUUCUUGGGAAUACCUCGUUCACCAUGUCAUGGCCAUGGGUGCCUUCUUCUCAGGCAUCUUUUGGAAGAGGUUUGUUGGUGGAGGUGUCCUGACAUUACUGGUGGAAGUGAGCAACAUCUUCCUCACCAUGCGCAUGAUGAUGAAAAUCAACAAUGCCCAGGAUUUUCUUCUCUACCGGGUCAACAAGUAUGUCAACUUGGUCAUGUACUUUCUCUUCCGCCUGGCCCCUCAGGCCUACCUCACCAACUUCUUCCUGCAGUAUGCAGGCCAAAGGACCCUGGGGACCUUUCUGCUGGCCAUACUGCUCAUGCUGGAUGUGAUGAUCCUCAUCUACUUUUCCCGUCUUCUCCGCUCUGACUUCUGCCCUGACCGCAUCCCCAGCCAACAACACAAAGACAAGUUCUUGACUGAGUAGGAGGAAAAGAGCCUGGGACAUGUGGCAAGGACAACAAACACACAACAGAGCAGAAGCAGCCACACACAUAAACUGGGUCUCUGCCCCAAGCCUGGACAUACCAAGGGGCCAGUCUCUACCUUGAGCCACACUCACACUAUUGAAAACACUAAUGAAAGAACGCUUCUGAAGCCUUAAAAUCUUUUCUUGGGUAACCAGUGAGAGAAGCAGACAAACCGGUUAGACAUAUGUGGGUGUGAGGACAAGGACCCAACACAAACCCAGCCAACCCACACUGACCUGAAAUAGAUGCUGAAGACGAUUCUAAACUUCCAGGGAUAAAGGAAGGGGAUCCUGUAAAGCUUGUUUUUUUGGCCCAGAGUUGUCCUAGGACAAGUAACCUUCACCUGAGUAAUAAAUACCUCUUGAUAGUUCCUACAUGAUUACUACCAGGGUUAUGAAUGAGUAUAAUGGCUUGAAGGGUUGAGUGUUCCAACUGGGUAAGUGUAUCAGGAGUCCUACUCAGAGCUGGAGAUGCAGCUUGGUGGUGGGGAGUUUAUCCACCAUCACCCAAAACUGACAUAAAGACAAGCAGCAUAAGGCUGGGGAUUUCACUCAGUGGUUCUGCGGCUGCUUCACAAGCAUAAGGACCCGAGUUUGAUCCCCAGUACCAAAAAACAAACAAAAAAAGACAAGAAGCAUAUAUAUAUAGAUAGAUGGUGAAAAUAAGGUGUAUUUAAAAUUAGCCAGCUGGACUCAGUUUAGAUGAUCCCAAUCUGAAAAACAAAAAGGAAGCUUUGUUACUGGGGGUGAAAUAGGUAGAUGAAGCUGGGGUGUUAAGGAUUAAAAGCAGAAUGACAGACUAGGUGGGCAGAGCUUGUUAAACAUUAGAGUGCAGUCAGUCAAUUAUGACUAAUCAGGAAGUCAGGCUUUGGUCACGAACAUCAUUUGCACCCAGUGGAUAGAUGUGAUAUUAGGACUCUGUAGAAAAGGAAGCUUACUUUGUUGGCAACAUCCAAAGCAUCAUAAUCGGGAGCCAGUCGAACAUAAGCCUUCUUCUCUCCAUCAGGCCUAGGUGGAGAAAGAAGCUUUAGCCCCUGCUGCCUCCAUCCUACCCGCCUCCCCACACACCCCCAUCCUCUGGUGCAUCAGCGGUUCCUUUGUUCAUGUCAUUCUUUUCCAAAUAGUGAAUUUUCCAUCAUUUGCACAGAGGAGCCACAGAGCCAGAUUCCUUUCAUUAGAAAUACAAGACACUUGAGACUAAACCCAUGUAAUCAUACUUUACUAUAGUGACUACCUCUGCCCAACUCCAUCAGCGAAGUCCUAGAGGUAGUUUCCUCAGAUCUCCACUUAUACAAUGAUAA